AUGAGUCCUCAUUGUGUCUGGAUAAUAACUGUUGGAGGAUUUGAUAUCCGCGGCAUAUAUUACACAUUAGCCACUAAAAAUGAUAACAUUUUUACUUUAACAGAACUAGUUACUAAUGGUAAAGGAGAAUGGCUAGUAACCACUACAUUAGAUGAAAUAACAGAUGAAUACUACAAAAAGUAUCAGCAGCAACUACGUCAGUUAGGAAGAAGAAUAUGGUUAGAGGAGUACCAGAAAUCAAGAAAAGGAAAGGAAGCAGAGAAAGAAAAAAGCCAUCAAGAAAAGGAAGCAGUAAAUGAGAAAGAAAUACAAAGAUAUUGUCAAGAGUUACGAGAGAAAGAAAAAAAGGAGGCAGAGAAAGAGCAUCAGUUAAUGGAGGAACGAAGACUAAAAGAUAAAUAUUUUAAACAGUUGCAGGAGAAAGACAAGAAGCUGGCAGAAAAGGAGGAAAAGAUACAAAUGUGUCAUUAUCAACUACAAGAAAAGGAGAGAGAGGAGGCACAGAGAAAGGAAUAUUACAAUUUUGAGAUAAAAAAGAAAAAGGAGCUAGAAAAGGAGAUCCAAAGGCUUAAUCAGCUGUUGCAAAACAAAGACCAGGAACUAAUUGAAAGUGAUCAAAAAUUAAAGGAACAUCUGCAGCAAAUACAACAAUAUGAGCAUCUGAAAGUUGUAAGCAUUCAAGAGGAAGAGACAAGAGCAGGUCAAGAGAAAGUUCAGGAAAUCAAGUUGCUUCAUUCUUCAGAAGAAGAUAAAGAGCUUCAAGAUGUAAAAUCUGCUCCAAAGGAAGACAAUAGCAAAGGAAAUGAAAUGCAUGAAUCAACUCAAGGUUGUAACAAUGAUUUUGGCAAAAUACUUGAUGAAACAGUUGUUGAAAGUACGAACUUAAAAGGUGUACAUGUUGCUGCAAAGAAUUCAUUUGUUAUUCACGGUGAAUCUACCCAGUCAAUUAAUUGGGAGGAAUAUGGUAUAAGGAUAACAAUACCACAAGGAGCAGUGCUACCUUCUAAUACUGUACAGGUCACCAUCACUGCUCUUGUAGGAGGAGAUUUUAUAUUUCCAGAAGACACUGAGCUUGUUAGUGCAGUAUAUGCUAUAAGCCUCUCUAAGCCUUUCAUUGAGCCCGUGAAACUGGAGAUACAGCACUGUGUCUCCAUAGAAACAUCUUCUCACUGUAAUUAUCUUAGUUUUUCUACUUCAAUUAAUAAUCAGCCACCCUACCAGUUUGAUACAGUAGAUGGUGGGGAAUUUUCUAUUGGUAACAGAUAUGGUGGCAUUAGCAUUGCUACAUUCUCUAAGUAUUGUAUUAAAACAUAUUCAGGAAGACGUUAUCAGCCAUAUUCAAUCCCAGGCACUUCAUCAUCACGUGCAAGAUCACAUACUCUUUCUUCAUCUUUAUCAUCAUCUUUUGAUGGACCAUGUUCAACUUCUUCCCCUGUUUCGUCAUCAUCUUUGCAUUCUUCAAGUUCUUCACUCUCUUUUGAUCCGCUCAACACACUUUCAACAAAAAAUGAAGUAGCUACACUACUAACACUAGCAGAUAAACCACCUAUUAAGUGUUACCAUAGUCAAGUGAUAUAUGAGAUCAAGAGGCAAGGAAGAGAGUGGUUGAUGAAAUUUUUUGUCUCUAAAUAUCUUAAUGCACUAAUAGAGUAUAUUAAAAAAGCAUUCAGAAAUGUUGAAAAAAGUAUUGAAGUAUCCUUCCAAUUUAAAGAUGAUGAUGGAUUCAUUAAGUUAUGCUUUGAUGGGCAAUGUCCCAGAGGAUGGUCAGUUAGACCUCAUCAGGAUCCUACUAGAGUUAGGCAGAUUGUUAUUGAUGAAUAUGGCAGCAUGUCUCCUCCUCGUUUUCCAGAAUGCCUCAUUACAAUCUCAGCCACACCUGGUGAAGGUGCAGUUAAGGAAUUAAGUUAUCCUGUCACAUUGCAAGGAAUAAAAAAAUCUAAUUUUGAGAAAAUGAACAUUGUGUUAACAAUGGGUGACAUGCAGCUGGCAUCUGCAGGCACUAUUGCUUCAAACACAGGGUCAAUUUCUCUAGAUGAUGAGGAGAGGAAAUCAGCUGGAGAAGUUCUACGAGAAAACUUUGAUACACUUUCUGACAUCCUGGCAGCUCCAAAUAAUCUUUCAGCAAUCAUCAUGAGCUUAUAUGCAAAAAAGCUAAUUUCUGAUACUACUGCCACUGAGUGUAUGAAUGAUGGUAGACCAGUACAUGAUAGAUGUGCUUCAUUACUGUUUGCUCUUAAGGCUACCAUUGAUGGAAAACCUCAGGCAAUGAUAAUUUUAAUUGAAGUAUUGAAAAAUACUGAAGCAUUUAAAGAAAUUGCUCAUAAAAUGGACUUGGAAAUAUCAUACCGCAAUUAUACAAACCCUUAGAGAUUUAGUUUCAGCUUGAUUAAUAAUACUGUUUGUAUUUUUCAA